CCGGAGGAGGAGAGGCAGCGGCUGCGAGCAGCGGAACACCGAUGACAUCAACGAGCAGCAGAACCUCCGGAGGAUCCCGAUCAUGAUGGAGGAUCCGCGGCCGAGUUCAGGAACACCGGAUCAGACCGCUGAGGAUUAUGAAAAGCAGGACAUGAAGCUCAAGCACAUCUAGAAAAAAGAGAAACGCCAGAGUGCUCCUGAUGAUGGCGCUGCGGGUCUCUGGAUCUCCGCUCCUGCUCAUCUUCAUCUUCAUCUCGCUGCAGAACUCCUGCGCCGCCUUGUCGGCGCCGAGGUUCACCAAGAUUCCCACAGAUCAGAUCGGUGUGUCGGGCGGUGUGGUGUCGUUCGUGUGUCAGGCCUCAGGAGACCCCAGACCGCAGGUGUUCUGGAACAAAAAGGGCAAGAAAGUCAAUUCACAGAGGAUAGAGACCAUAGAGUUUGACGAGGGCUCGGGGGCGGUGCUUCGGAUCCAGCCACUCAGAGCGCCGCGUGAUGAGAAUGUGUACGAGUGUGUGGCCAAAAACACCGAAGGGGAAAUCGCCACCACCUCCAAACUGUCCAUCGUCAGAGAGGACCUGCUCCCCUUCGGGUUCCCCAGCAUUGACAUGGGUCCGCAGCUGAAGGUGGUGGAGCGCACCCGGACCGCCACCAUGCUGUGCGCCGCCAGCGGGAUCCCGGACCCCGAAAUAUCCUGGUUUAAAGACUUCCUGCCGGUGGAGCCGGCGCUGAGCCAGGGCCGCAUCAAGCAGCUGCGCUCAGGUGCGCUGCAGAUCGAGCGCAGUGAGGAGACGGAUCAGGGCAAGUACGAGUGCGUGGCGUCCAACUCUAAGGGCGUGCGCUACUCGUCCCCUGCUAACUUAUACGUGAGAGUUCGCCGUGUUCCUCCGCGCUUCACCAUCGUUCCCACCAGCCACGAGAUCAUGCCGGGCGGCAGCGUGAACAUCACCUGUGUGGCCGUGGGCUCCCCGAUGCCGUAUGUUAAGUGGAUGCUGAACAGCGAGGAUCUGACGCCCGAGGAUGAGAUGCCGGUCGGACGGAACGUUCUGGAGCUCAACGGCGUUCGAGAGUCGGCCAACUACACCUGCGUGGCCAUGAGCAGCCUGGGCAUCAUCGACGCGGUGGCGCAAGUCAUCGUCAAGUCUUUACCCAGAUCUCCGGGGACCCCCAUCGUCACAGAAACCACCCCCACCAGCAUCACCAUCACCUGGGACUCUGGGAACCCGGACCCGGUGUCCUACUACAUCAUCCAGUACCGCGCCAAAUCCCCGGACAGCAAGUUCGAGACGGUGGAGUCCAUCACCACCACGCGCUACAGCAUCGGCGGGCUGUACCCCAACACCGAGUACGAGAUGCGGGUGUCUGCGGUGAACAGCAUCGGGCAGGGGCCGCCCAGCAGCCGGACGGAGGCCCGCACCGGAGAACAGGCGCCCGCCAGCCCCCCGCGCAACAUCCAGGCCCGCAUCAUCUCCUCCAGCGCGGUGAUGGUGCGCUGGGACGAGCCCGAGGAGCCCAACGGCCUGAUCAAGGGCUACCGCGUCUACUACACCCUGGAGCCCUCGCUGCCCGUCAGCGCCUGGCAGAUCCAGCACGUGCAGGACAGCACCAUCACCACCGUGCAGAGCCUGCUGCCCUCCGAGACGUACACCAUACGGGUGCUGGCCUUCACUGCGGUGGGCGACGGACCCUUCUCUGACCCCGUACACGUCAAAGUCAGACCCGGAGUUCCGGGUCAGCCAGGGAAGUUCCAGGCGGGCAGAGUGACGGACACCAGCGUGGAGCUGAGCUGGGAACCGGCCUUCUCCAAAGAGCCCGUCAAAGCCUACCAGCUGAUCUAUAAAGCUCCGGAGAUCAGCUUCGAGGAGAAGAAGAGUCUGGAGCCUCGGCUGUCGUAUGUGGUGGAGAAUCUGCAGGCGAACACUGAGUACAGCUUCUCUCUGGCCGCCGUCUCCAGUAAAGGCAUCGGAGCAUUCAGCAACGAGAUCCGCCGUCGCACCGCGCAAGCCAACGUGCCGAGGAAUUUCUCAGUGAAUUUGGCCACUAAGACGAGUGUGUUGCUGACGUGGGAGUUUCCGGAGAGCAGCGCCCCCUACCCUUUCACUGUGGAGUACAACAAGAAGACGAUGGUGGUGGACGCGCGGCUGAGGAAGGCUGUGAUCCCGAACCUGGAGCCGGACACCAGCUACGACUUCAAGAUCACGCGCGAGUCUUCAGGGAACAUGAGCGGCCUCAGACACCGCAUACACGCCAAAACAUCUCCACGAAUCCUGAUCCGCCGGCCCGAGCUGGACCACACCCGCGAGACCGAGACCACCCUCACCAUCAUACUGCCCUCUCUGGACAGCAAGAGCAACAUCAGGAACAUUUAUGUGGUGGUGGUUCCUCUGAAGAGAGCCAAAGGAUAUAUGCGACACCUGAAGAGCCCUGAUGAGAUGGACCUGGAGGAGCUGCUGAAGGACAUCAGUCAGAAGCAGCGAGACCCGCGCCAGCGUCAGGUGGACCUGCGGCGGGCAUACAUCACUGCCCGCUUCACACCUGCCACCCUGCCCGCCUUCUUCACCCUGGGGGACCAGAUCGACUACGACGGCUUCAAGAACCGGGCGCUGGAGGCGGGACAGGAGUAUAUGUUCUUCAUCCUGGCAGAGCUCAACUCCACCACUGGGAAGAUGUUUGUGGCCAGCCCGUACACAGACCCGGUGAUCGCUCCAGACUCGGACCCGCAGCCGCUGGACGCCGGUGACGGCCUGAUCUGGGUGGUGGGACCCGUGCUGGCGGUCGUCUUCAUCAUCUGCAUCGUCAUCGCCAUCCUGCUCUACAAGAACAAACCUGAUGGCAAGCGCAAAGACUCUGAGCCGGGCACGAAGUGUUUGCUGAAUAACGCAGAGAUGAUGGCGCACCACCCCACUGACCCUGUGGAGAUGAGGCGCAUCAACUUCCAGACUCCAGGAAUGAUGAGUCACCCGCCCAUCCCCGUGUCUGAGCUGCCCGAACACAUGGAGCGCCUGAAGGCCAACGACAACCUGCAUCUGUCACAGGAGUAUGAGUCAAUUGACCCCGGGCAGCAGUUCACGUGGGAACACUCUAACCUGGAAGUGAACAAGCAGAAGAACCGCUAUGCUAACGUGAUCGCGUACGAUCACACUCGCGUGAUUUUGGCUCCAGUUGACGGCAUUAUGGGUAGUGACUACAUCAAUGCUAACUACAUCGACGGCUACAGGAAGCAGAACGCCUACAUCGCCACACAGGGGCCGCUGCCCGAGACCUUCGCAGACUUCUGGAGGAUGGUGUGGGAGCAGCGGGCGGCGUCUGUGGUGAUGAUGACCCGACUGGAGGAGAAAUCACGGGUGAAGUGUGAUCAGUACUGGCCCAGUCGCGGCACAGACUCCUUCGGGGCGGUCCAGGUCAGUCUGCUGGACACUAUGGAGCUGGCCACCUUCUGUGUGCGCACCUUCUCUCUGCACAAGAAUGGCUCUAACGAGCGCAGGGAGGUCCGUCAGUUCCAGUUCACCGCCUGGCCUGAUCACGGCGUUCCCGAAUAUCCCACUCCAUUCCUGGCAUUCCUGCGCAGAGUCAAGGCCUGCAACCCACCGGACGCCGGACCCGUCAUCGUCCACUGCAGCGCUGGUGUGGGCCGUACCGGCUGCUUCAUCGUCAUUGACGCUAUGCUGGAGCGUCUGCGUCAGGAGCGAGCGGUGGAUGUGUAUGGUCACGUCACCCUGAUGCGCUCGCAGCGGAACUACAUGGUGCAGACGGAGGAUCAGUACGGCUUCAUCCACGAGGCGCUGCUGGAGGCCGUGGCCUGCGGGAACACGGAGGUGGCGGCGCGGAGCCUCUACGCCUACAUACAGACGCUCACACAGACCGAGGCUGGAGAACACGUCAGCGGGAUGGAGCUGGAGUUCAAGCGUCUGGCCAACUCUAAAGCACACACGUCCAGGUUCGUCAGCGCUAAUCUGCCCUGCAACAAGUUCAAGAACCGGCUGGUCAACAUCAUGCCAUACGAAACCACGCGUGUGUGUCUGCAGCCAAUCAGAGGCCUUGAAGGGUCCGACUACAUCAACGCCAGCUUCAUCGACGGAUACAGGCAGCAGAGGGCGUAUAUCGCCACCCAGGGGCCGCUGGCGGAGACCACAGAGGACUUCUGGAGGAUGCUGUGGGAGCACAACUCCACCAUCGUGGUGAUGCUGACCAAACUGCGGGAGAUGGGGAGGGAGAAGUGCCAUCAGUACUGGCCCGCGGAGCGCUCGGCUCGAUACCAGUACUUUGUGGUGGACCCCAUGGCAGAAUACAACAUGCCGCAGUACAUCCUGAGAGAGUUCAAGGUCACCGACGCCAGGGACGGACAGUCCAGGACGGUCAGACAGUUCCAGUUCACCGAUUGGCCAGAACAAGGAGUCCCAAAGUCGGGGGAGGGGUUCAUUGAUUUCAUUGGACAGGUGCAUAAAACCAAGGAGCAGUUUGGUCAGGAUGGACCAAUCACAGUGCACUGCAGUGCGGGCGUCGGGCGUACAGGAGUGUUCAUCACCCUCAGUAUCGUGCUGGAGCGCAUGCGUUACGAAGGCGCCGUCGACAUCUUCCAGACCGUCAAGAUGCUGCGCACGCAACGGCCGGCCAUGGUGCAGACGGAGGAUGAGUACCAGUUCUGCUAUCAGGCCGGGCUGGAGUACCUUGGGAGUUUUGAUCACUAUGCAACAUAAGAGCUGAUGAACGGCACCAUGAUCAACACCUUCCCCCUCGACAACCCUACAAAAACACCCGCAGAGGAACGACAACCAGACACACACACUUACAGCGGCGCGGAGCAGACGAUCUCUCAGGACCUCUCCGCGACGCGCCACGCAAACUAUUACCUCAGUGUUCAAAUAUUGAUAUUAAUGUUGUGGUGGGCUUUUAGAAAUAUUAAACUGUGGAUGAAGAUCUUCUUUGUAACAAGAGGAAAGCGUUACAUGUACAAAAUCUAUUUAAAGCAGAACAACAACAACAAAAGAUUAAAAAAACAAAGAACUCUGAAAUCAAAGCCUGGGAUAUUGCUGCACCCUUCAGUGGGAGUUUCUUCAAACUGUAUUUGCCAACGUCAGACGGAGCGAGUCGGUCUGUGCCUGCCUGAAGUCAUGUACCGGAAGCAGAUCUCCCACCGUCUGUGCCUAACGGAGCGACCGCAGAACUCAGCACACGUGAUGUGACGGCACGGACUCACUCCUUUCCAUACUGUAUUUGAGUGUCUCUACAUGACUAUAUGCUGCUUACGCCGUGUGUUUGGGUGGCCGAGGGAGCUUUGAGGCUUGAAUCUCUCGUAUCUGUAUCAUGUUCUUUUGCUCUUUCCGCUAUAAUGUUCUGCGCUGUGUGUGUGGCGAGACGGCGAUCUUCAGCACAUGUUAUCGCAGGGAAACGUGUGUUUCAUCCCGCCGUGUUUCCGGUCUCGAAAGCGCUCGAAAGAUUGGAGCCAAAACCAAACCCGAGCCACUAAAUCUCUUCCUGUCAUGUUUAGCUAGCGACGGCGCGAUGUGUAGUAGCGCAGGACAGCAGCCGGUUGUGAGAUCGCCGCCAGAGACGUGAAGUGAGCCUUAUUGUUGUUGUCAAAUAUUUAAUCGAGCGGAUUUUUUAUUGGUUUUGUUGAUAUUAUGCUUGAAUUUCUAAGGAUCUAUUUAUUUAAAUGAUUUUUAUGGCAAUAUACUUCGUGAGCUGUGGUGUAGUUGGCCAGCUAAUGUGACUGUACAUGGCUCAGAUGUACAGUGUUGUGCUUCGUAACCCUCUCAGAUAUUUUGAUAUUUCCUGUGCACUGAUUGUUCUAGAGGAAGCCGGCGGCCCAGACCUCACCGAGCGGCUCGGAAACACAGUCCGCUCGACACGUAUCGCUCCCGAGAACAAAACACACACGUUACUCAUGAACGAGCACACUCAUAACCUCAGAUCGGCAUCUGCUGAAGGUUUGCAUACAGUGAUGCACUGAAGAGACCUAACCAAAAACACAGCACUGACCCCACCAUCCACUGACACGUACUCCAUUUAUUAUGAUUACUAUUGUUAACGGGUUUAAGGUGCGCUCGCAUUUAGAGUGUUUCAGGGUGAACGAUUUCCUGCUUAGAGAUACGACCAUUCACUCAAAACUACGAGUCUUAAUAGCACACUCACUAUGCUCUCUAAUUAAUAGCACAAACACAUGUCUGCACUCAUUAUGGAGCUGUUCUGGUCUUCCCUCAUAUUUAUAUUCUCUGAAAUAUUGUCUCGAAGUGUUUCAGAACAUGCGUAAAUAACCUUCCCUUAAAGGUGCACUAAGCAAUUUUUGCCAAAUACUGCCAAAGAAACACGCCCAUAAUCCAACAAGACCACGCCUCUUAUGUAAAUCUACUUUACUGCUGAUUGGCUGUAAUAGUGGUUUGGGAUUUGCAUAUUUCCUACAUUAUUUAGUGCACCUUUAACACUGGUAGAACAUGCAAACUCCACACAGAAACACACACUGACCCAGCCGAGGCUCGAACCAGUGACCUUCUUGCUGUGAUGUGAUUGUGCCAGCCCACUGCGCCACCGAGACCCUCGUAAACAAUAAGUUGUCCAGUUCAAACUGUAUUGUUUGCAGUACAUCUCUACAGGUUUAUAAACAGAAAGAUCAAGGUUUCUCUGUGAAACGGCACUGAUGUGAACGCACCUUUACACACUGAAAACUGACGCUGGUGAAGCGGUCCGAUGACUGCUGUGUGACCAAACAUGAAGUGUUUAACCAGCACACGACUGGUCAGCAUCAGCACAGUUCUCCAUAAUGAAAGCACACGUCGAGACAUGAUCGCUCGCAUUAAUUAUUAUCGCUAAUCAAAUCUUUUGACCAUGAUAUAAAGCACACAUAAACCCUGACCUUUGACCCAAGCGGAGCUGGCGCGUGACCGUGGGCCGAGUGCUGCGUAGUCUUUCACUUUUCUCUGCUUAUUGAUUUCUGAUCAUGUAUGUAGAUAUGUUGACUUUGUAUUAAAACUGAACGACUGGA